AUGAGUCCAGAAGAAAACAGAAAUAUCACUGGUCAUAUGGCAUUUCUUAAUGAUCCUAAGCCAUAUAAAAUAUUUAUUGCAUUUUCAGCAAUUAAUAUAAUUCCUCUAAUAAUAGGUGUAAUUUUGAUAAUUUAUAUUUGCAGAAUAUGCUGGGAAGAGCGUGGGACAAAUUAUAAUGCGGAUAAUUUAUCAAUAGAUUCAGGAUAUGGAGGAAGGUCAAUAGAUCGACUUGAUAUAAUAUAA